GGGGGUCACAUGAGGAGACUGUCAGGGUAACAUUAGGAGAUCUUUAUUCUGCUGAUGAGAAAAGGGUCGGGAGCCUGAAACGCGUCGGGAUGAAGUGAAUACAGAGAAUAGACCCCGUGACCCCUGCAGUGGCUGCCUUUAUUGUGAUCACGGCUCAUUCUCCCACCGCCUCCGCGUCCUCGUACCCGCAACAAUCCGGCUGCUGUGCAUAGACCUGGCUGCGGGCGCUCCAUAUACAUGUUUGGGAACUCUAACUCCUGCUGGAGAUGGAAGCCUGCCUAUGGGAACUCGUUGAUGAUUCCGGAAGAUCCUGAACAAUGGACGAUGGGGAAAUCUCCUGCAGAACAGGAGACAUGAGCCUCUCGUUCUGCGGUAAUAAUACUAACACCUCCUAUAAUGUGAACAAUGGCGUACUGAACAACAUCUGCUUCCUGGACGCCCUGAACCUCGUCCCUCACGUAUUUCUUCUCUUUAUAACUUUCCCGAUCCUGUUCAUCGGAUGGGGCAGUCAGAGCUCCAAGGUUCAGAUUCACCACAACACUUGGCUGCACUUCCCGGGACACAACCUGCGCUGGAUCCUGACCUUCAUACUGCUGUUUGUCCACGUGUGCGAGAUCGCAGAGGGCAUCGUGUCCGACACGAAGAUGUCGUCCCGUCACCUCCACCUUUAUAUGCCGGCCAUUGUGGGAUUUAUUGCAGGAACAACGUCCAUAAUCUAUUACCACAACAUCGAGACGUCAAAUUUCCCCAAAUUGUUAUUAGCGCUCUUCCUCUACUGGGUCUUAGCCUUUAUAGCCAAAACCAUCAAGCUGGUGAAGUACUGUGAGAACGGCAUUGGGGUGCACCAGCUGCGGUUCUGCAUCACGGUGGCCAUGGUGGUCCUGUACGGCAUGCUGAUGGCGGUGGAGAUCCUUGUCAUCUGGGUGCGGAAAUACGUCUUCUUCAACAACCCCCAAAAAGUGAAGCCCCCCGAGGACCUCCAGGACCUGGGCGUGCGCUUCCUGCAGCCCUUCGUGAAUUUACUCUCCAAAGCCACUUACUGGUGGAUGAACCCGCUGAUCGUCACCGCGCACAAGAAGCCCAUCGACCUGAAGACCAUGGGGAAGUUACCCAUCGCCAUGCGGUCGCUCACCAACUACGUCAGCCUGAAGGAAGCCUAUGACGAGCAGAAGAAAAAAGUGAUAGAUGAACCGCACAAGACCCCGUCCAUCUGGAUCGCCAUUUAUAAAGCGUUUGGGCGACCGAUCCUGCUGAGCAGCACGUUCCGGUAUUUGGCCGAUCUCUUGGGGUUUGCGGGUCCUCUCUGUAUAUCAGGGAUUGUGCAACAUCUUGGGGCCCCAAAUGGAACCAAGACUGAACAAGAGCUCCCCAGCAGUUCGUUCAUCAGCGUCUACUUCCUCUCUUCCAAGGAGUUUCUGGAAAAUUACUUUGUUUUGGCCGUACUUUUAUUUUUGGCGCUGAUUCUCCAGAGGACGUUCUUGCAGGCUUCAUACUAUGUCGCCAUAGAGACUGGAAUCAACCUGCGGGGAGCCUUACUGGCUAUGAUCUACAACAAAAUCCUGAAACUUUCCACCUCUAAUAUGUCUAUGGGGGAGAUGACUCUGGGGCAGAUUAAUAACCUUGUGGCCAUCGAGACCAAUCAGCUGAUGUGGUUCCUGUUCCUGUGCCCAAAUCUGUGGGCGAUGCCUGUGCAGAUUAUUAUGGGGGUCAUCCUCUUGUAUAAGCUCCUGGGGGUCAGCGCUCUGGUUGGUGCCGCGGUCAUCUUGCUGCUCGCUCCGGUACAAUACUUCAUCGCUACCAAGCUGGCGGAGGUUCAGAAGAACACCCUGGAUUAUUCUACCGAGCGGCUGAAGAAGACGAACGAGAUCCUGAAAGGCAUCAAACUGCUGAAGCUGUACGCCUGGGAGAACAUCUUCUGCUCCAGCGUGGAGGAGACCAGAAUGAAGGAGUUAACCAGUCUAAAGACUUUCGCACUCCAUACCUCCCUCUCCA